UAUUUAGAGCAGUUGGGGUUCAAAUACACUGAAUUUGAUUGUAAAACGGACUGGAAUGGAGAAUAUGACUACACAGUCUUCAAGAUUAGAGAUAAAAGAUAAUAUUUGAAAUAUAUAAGCAGCUUUUAUCGUACAAGCUUCAUCAUUUUAUCGAUAUCAUAAUGGCUGACUCUGACAGUGAAUCGAACGCGACAGAAUUAGAUUCACCGAAAUCCAAACCAACGAAAGUAAACUUUGUGCUUCUAAAACAGAUUCUAGACGAUGAAUCCAUCGAAAUAACGGACUCUGAAGAAUUAGAGACAAAUAGCAAGGACAAUCAAAGCAAUGCUGAUGGAAACUCAGCGAAAAAAUCGCCGAGAGGACAAGAUUCGAGUGGUCCUAUGGGCACCUACCCUGUUAUUUUCUCAAAAGGCUGUAAAUCUAAAGGCUGUCAAACUAGGUUAUCGGCUUUUCCUUUAUUUUCAGUCCCUGCAGACACAGAAUGGAUAAGCGAAGAAGAAGAAAAUACUUAUACUAAAAAAGAAAAACGCAAGUCUACAGAAAAAAGGAAGAUUACAAGAAAAAGAAACAAUUCAUCAAAUGAAGAGAAGAAAGAAGAAAAAGAUAUUGAAAAACUCCCUGAAAAGACAAAAAAUGCAGAUGGGACAAGAAAAGAUUUUCACUCYGAGCACCAACUKAAAGACACUAAAAAUCCAGUCAUACGGGCUUGGAUACAAAGCAAAAAUAAACUAGCUAGAAAAGCAAGGAAAGAAGAAAGAAAAGAAAAGAAAGCACAGCAUGCUGCAAUAGAAGAAGAAGAACGCUUGAAAUUGGAACGAUUUGAAGCAUCUGAGAAAAAAGUWAAAGAGUGGUUUAAAGUCAAACGAAAAGAAGCUAGAAAACUAUGGARGCAAAAUCACCCRAGGAUCUCCCCCUUUGAUAUGGUUUYRGAGRACAAUAAUGAARCCUCAMCCCCUUCCCAAGAGUACAAAGUUUUUAAAACUUUUAAACAGAACAACUCUAGAUCAAAGCUGAGAAGUUCAAGAAUGUUUGAAGAUCAUAAUAUUGAUUCUGCAACAGUUGUUAGUAUGUCUCAAGAUAUUUUGCAUGCUGAUAACAUUAGGGAAUCGGCAAGAAAUUCAACUACUCUACCGCAAAGACCAAAGACGGCAAGCUAUACACGUCCCAUGGAAAAAACAAAGAAGAUUCGUCCAAAAACUGCAAAACCAGCACCUAAACAAGAAGAUGCAGGGUCUAAGGACAAGCCUUCAAAGCAAAUGAAAUCUUUAAGCUAUGAUGAAUGGUUGAAAUCUAAGAGAGAGCUUGACAAAAAGAGGGUUAUUGAGAGACGCAGAGAACUUAUCGACUCCCAUUUAGAUGCWGUGAUUUCAAAACUAGGAAAGCAACGAGUUGAUAACAUUAUGUCGUCUCGUAAACAUGUUGACACAGGUCUGAAGAAUUYUUCACGUGAUAAUCCUAAAUCUGUUUCCCAAAAGAGAGAGACUUACAAGUGGARGCAGAGUCAUGAUGCACCAAGACCAGARCCACAAGGCUGUGACUGCCCAGAAGCWGAGCAUGUUGAUUCUGACAAAAAAUUAUGUCUUAAUCCCAGCCCUACAACUCCUAGAAGAAAAGCAGAUGAAUUCUGUAAAGAGAUCAAUGCUAAGUGUGACGAGCUCAAGCCUUCAAUGGACAAAGUGUUAGCUGUUUUAGAUUCUGAAAUGAAGAARUGCUCAACWGAGAAACAGCCUCAAAGUGGCUCUUCAAAACCUGCAGGAAGUACCAUUUCAACAGCAAAUGCUACUUGUAAUGACACUGAAAAUUGUGUAGAAACUUUAUCUKUACCAGGAACAGUACUGGAAAAUGAACGACCAUCAAGGCCAAGAUCUGCUCGUCCAAGAUCAGCAAAACCAAGGGUGGUUAGUGACAAUAGUUUGWCUUUGGACGAAGCAAAGAAGAAAAUCUUUCACGAUAUGGAUGUAUUGGGUUUGUGYAAUUCUGAUGAAAACCUUGGAAACAGGAUGACAGCAAAAGAAAACAAUAAUGUUGCUAUGACAACAGAUGGUAACAUUGAUAAUAGUGUCACUAUAACAGCAGAUAAUAAUGACAUUAGAUCAACAGUUAGAAGUAAUUAUUUUGACUAUGGAACUGAAUGUGAUAGAUCAACAGUAAAACAUAAAAAAUGAUAAUUUGUAAUUAUAAUGAAAUAAUUCUGUACAUUGUUGUCMAGACUGUCAAGGAAGACGUAAAGCGUGAAGCAUAGUUUUCCAGCCUUGUUUAGGAAGCUCUCAYGUACCACCUCCACUCAAUUAGAGCAACUUAUAUAAAAUCAUCACAGAUUUUUCUUAAUAAAACAAUAUUAUUUUAAUUCUGUUUUUAUCAUACAUGUAAGUAUAACUAUCAAUCAUUAUCAAGACGUGGAACUUAUUUGAGCGAAGUGUAUGCUGCUUUCAGUGAUUUACACAUAAUCUUUAAUUCAUGUAUAAUAAAUUCUAGCUGUUUCACCAUCACCCUGAUGAAAGCUAUUUUUUAAUAUAAACAUCCCUUUUAUAAAAUCCAUAAAUGAUUUACAUGACAACAAUAGCUAGAUUGUGCAAUUUAACUGUAACUGUAAUAAUAUUUAAAAAUGUUAGGAAUACAAAUAAUUUUUUUUAUAAAUUUGAAUAAAUUUUUAUGUUCAAAAAUGUGGACAUGUCAAUCCAUCAGAAAAGAUCCAACCUUUCGAAAUGGUUGGUAUACAUAAAUAGUCUUAUAAUCUCCAGUUUCGAAUUCUCCAAUGCUCUGUGUUAGCCAGUCAUGUGUGCGAAAAAUAUUCCUAAUUGUGAG